CAACAUUUGAAACCUCAGCUAUGCCUAAAUCAAAGCGAGACAGACCAGUUACUUUGUCUAAGACGAAGAAGAAAGGAAGAGAGCAUAAGGAGGGUAUUGUGGAUGGAAUUAGGGAGGCUGUUGAUAGAUAUUCUUCUGUCUAUGUUUUCUCUUUUGAAAAUAUGAGAAAUAUCAAAUUCAAGGAGUUUAGACAGCAGUUUAGGCACAAUGGAAAGUUCUUCCUAGGUUCGAACAAAGUGAUGCAGGUUGCUCUUGGUCGCUCUGCUUCUGAUGAAGUCCGUUCUGGUAUCUACAAAGUUUCCAAGCUGCUUCGUGGUGAUACUGGACUUCUUGUUACAGAUAUGCCAAAGGAAGAAGUUGAAAGCUUGUUUAAUGCUUAUGAGGAUUCCGACUAUUCGAGGACCGGAAGCAUUGCAGUAGAAACGGUUGAACUGAAGGAAGGCCCUCUAGAACAGUUCACACAUGAGAUGGAACCACUUCUUCGGAAGCUGGAGAUGCCUGUACGACUAAACAAAGGUACCGUGGAGUUGGUCGCUGACUUUGUAGUUUGUGAAGAAGGAAAACCUCUUUCGCCAAAAUCAGCCCACAUUUUGCGUCUAUUGCGAAUGAAGAUGGCUACUUUCAAGCUAAACUUGCUCUGCAGAUGGAGCCCUAGUGACUUUGAGCUUUACCGAGAAGAUCUCUCAGACGUUGAAACCUCUUAGAAAGCCAAGAUUUUGACUCACCCUUUAAAAUUUUCUUAAUAUCGCAUUAUUCACCUGGAUUUGUGGCACUGUGUUUGCAUUCGAAUGUUUUAUGUCAAAGUUUUGUUGCUUUAUAUUUUGUAGAAUAUCAAACUAUCUUCGGGAGUUCCGUACUCUAGUAUUGG